GCCACAGACAGCUUUUGCUCACAAAAGUCGUUUAGAGCUCGGUUGUUCUCGGUCUUUAGCUGGUGUGUAGUGUUCAAAGCAUUUUGCAUCAAGAAAGACCAUCUAAGGAGGCCUUCCUUUCAAGGAUGAGCGCCUUAAACAACAUCCCUAUGACGGCUUUUGGCCUGCUAUUCCUCUCGUUUCUUCUGUUAAAUGUCGCGCACGCCCAAGAAGUCCCUGGAGGAGGUGAAGGUGGUGGAGGCGGCGAUCCUGGUGUAAUCGGCGGUGGUGGUGAUGGCCAAGAAGGUAAAAAUACACUGUAGACAGUUACCUUGUGUACAGUUAAAUCAUCUCGGGACUUAACUUUUUUUCUGCGUGAUGGCCCCUAUUCGAGAGCUUUAAAAGUUAUGAUUGCAUUUCAUGAAAGGGGAUUUUUUGCUCUUCUAAAGCGCUAUUUCACCAAUUCAUGCCACGAAAAACGUGAUCUUGUAGCUUUCGCUCAUCAUAUAGUUACGCUCAUUCAUUCAUAUUAAAUUGAUCGAUUUUGUAAAUUAUUUUUUAAGCUUCGGUCGCUUAGUUUUUCGGAUAAAGAAUGUUUUAAAAGGCUCAGCAACUGUUUUUGUCAUCAUAGCGAACAGUGAGGCUCCGAAUUUCCCAAAAGAUGUAAAGAAUUGAAAAUUUAAAAUAGAAUGAUGUACAGUAAAAGCAGUCAGGUUAAACUACUCGGUAAGAUGACAUUUCUUGGAUAUAAACAAUCGCGCAUUGUUGACAAUUUCGUGGUAGGAAAGCUUGAUCGAAGCGAGGAGAGACCAUGUCAUUCAGUGAGCAUUACAGUACAUAAUUUGAAAAGGUGUUGAUCCGUGAGAUUGGAUUUUAAAAGUUACCUUCGUUAAAAAACAGGCAAUAGCAACGACAUCAACAAAUAUUGGACCGAGAAUGAAACGCCAAUGUAAAAUUAGGGGGCUUAACAGUGUUGCGUGUAUUCUCCGCGGGCAUGUUAAACUCACGCAAACUUUCAGAUAACAGAGUCAUUAGUGUACUGUUCACGUGAACUAUUAAAAAUGUACUUUAUAUUCCCUAUGUUUGUCAUAAUAAGCAGCUGCGGGCCACAGAAAAUGGCAUUUAAGCUAUUCUAGUCAAAGGAAAGGCGUAAAUUUUAGGUUGAAUAAAUAACCUGGCCCUGUCAUAAGUCACGAUUGCCGUAAGUUGACAGCCACUUAAACGAUAAAGGGCUUUUGUCGACUCGAUCUUUCAAAUGUUUGUUUGUCUAUCCAAAAGAAAACUUAAGUUAAAGAUUCAGUUUUUUUGGAACUGGCUUUAUAGGAAAACGAAUCCAAGCUUCGCAGGACACGUUGCCGAGCACAAGAGAAUGAAACUCUUUGCUGUCAUCACUGUUGCAUUUGAUCUUAUUUUGAUACGCAAAAAAAAAUCUUCUCCCAGCCCCGCCUGACCUUAUCUGCUCCAAUUUUCAAUUCAAAUUUCGUAAGCUAAGUUUGCGCUAGCCUCCCACGCUGGCUAAGUUUGCCCGGAAAGGUCCGGAAACGCUUGCGACGGAGUAUGCGAUCCAAUUUCCUUAAACUUUGCGUAAAAAUGAAAAAAAAAUAGUUAUCUGAAUUAAUUUUUAGCUCUUAAUCUUGCCACAUGUACCAAUUUAAUUAAAACCUGUUCUUAAUUGAUUUUUUUAAGGCUGUACUUUCAAUUUUGAUUUACAAGGCCACUAACCUCUUACUAGCCCCCAUGUUUUAAUAUUUAUUUGGGGGACCUUUUCACUUUAAGAAAUUCAUCAAGUAGAUUAGGCCUUUUUGAAGAUGACAGGCGUAGCUAUCCUAGUUCUUUUUAGUAUAACAAUCUUUUCUUUUUUAAGAGAAUCUCUUAAUCUCGUACUCAGAUCUCCCACGGCUAAGGAAAAGACAAGCGUAAGACGGAGUGAGAUCUGGGAACAAAAUUAGAGAAUAUGAGAGAAAAAUAGUGGGAAACACGGAUAAAAAGGGAAAAACAGGGUGAAACAGAGGAAAAAAUAAAUAGUGAGGAUAUAAAGGUGCGCAGGAGCCGGGAGCCUAUGAGCCUAUGACCCAUGACUGUUUCUAUUUUUCUAUUUUUAUUGUAUAAUCAUUUACUUCUAUCUGGUAUUCAUAAUUGUUGUUAAUUAUUAACCACUUAAGUGAAUCUUAAAUUCAAAUUUUAGGAGCCGUUAAAAAACAUUUUCUCUCGGUAUAGCUCUGGCCCUGAGGAAGGCUAAUUUUGUUAGCCAAAAUAUUGGCCUAUAAUAAAUCAGCCCUUUGCCGUAGUGCCAUCCCUGCAUUUAGUUUUGUUUUACUUUACACAUCAAAUGACGUCUGGCUACAGCAUCUCUUUAAUUAGAGAUCCGCCAAGAGGAACCAGUCAGUCAUAUUUACGCAUUGCGUGGACCUCUGCAUGCAUUCAAACAGUUUUGCCCCUAGCUAGUUAUGAGCUCCUGAGGUACGGAAAUAAACCAUAUUUUCGGGCAUAUUAGUGAACAGACGCCCUUUCCCCUCCAAAAAAUGGAAUUUUUUUAGGGGGGGGCGUGCGUCUGUACACAGGAUAUAGGGAGUGUUACAUGCGAUACUGGCCGAUUAUCUAGGCUGAAGUUGGCGAAAUUUGUAGAAUAUCUUUAAUAUAUAGUAACACCCGAGGCUGAGAUUUUGUGAAGAACAUUUCGUUCGUGUCGAUAGAAAAUAAACAACUAUAAAAUCAAAGCUUUAUUUUAUGAUUGAAAUUAAUUGUAAAGGCUUCCCAUUUUUCCUGAAGGAAGCUGGUAACAAAACGAUCACCUGUGCAGAGUGAUCAGUGCAGAUAUCAUACAGGUUUAUCCUGGCUCUUGUUAACUGAAAUAUAAUAGGACCGAUCUUCAGCAAAGUAGACUACCAAAGACUACCAAACACCUUAAAAAUUCUGCGGUACAGCCUUCACUUUACGACGCAUGCUUAGACCAAGUCAAAUCUCCAUGGCUCGCGCCGCGGAGGGUAAUGAUAACACAAAAUGCUACUCUAAACAAUAAAUAAAAAGAGAGACAGUAUGGUAAAUACGGUCGUGGAUUAAAUUUUAAUCCUGCAUUAGCACUUGUCGGCCUUUAAGCAACCGGACCCAGCGGUGAAUUGAAUAGCAAAAGUAACUACUCAACAAUCCACCUUUAGAAUCUUAAUCCUGCAUUAGCGCUACUUAGUCUUGGGAACUGGUUUCUGCAUAGCAAAUACAUGUAAAGUAACUCUGAGCUAAAAUAUAGUUUGCGUGACUAUGACGUGAAAGUGACGUAUUCACAUUCCGAAUAGUCAUAGUCGCAAAGCUAAAUUUGGAUUUACUUUUGAAUUACUUUUGGGUAUACCGUGUGGAACGGAAAUAUUGAUAGUUUAUUUUUGCGGAUUGGUGAUUUUUUUGUUUUGCGGAAACUGAUUUUUGCGACUAGGACACAUUGGUUUUUCUCGUUGAUAAUUAAUUUUUGCGAUUUUCAAAAAGUACUGAGUACCUUCCCUGCUAGCAGAGGUCCCUCAUGACGAGGCAAAAAUGUGAGGAAAAUAUGAAAAUAUAUUUCAUUCUUGUUAAGUACUUACAAUCAGGGUGCAAUAGAAAUACAUAUUCUCAAACAGCCACGGCAAUGGGUACCCUGUACAAAAGCAGUAAUUCAUGGUACCCAGUUUUGUUUCUGAAUGAAAGAGGCAGGUUGUGAUUGAACAGACACGAUUUCUUAGUACUGAAUUUUUGUGUAGCGAAUUUAAGCCGAGAAAAGGUUUUUAGUUUGUUAUCAGUAGUCUUUUUAUAAGGUUUGAUUUAAAACACUGCGAACCGACCGGAUUACGGUUGAACACGCCAGAGUGCGAUUUGUGCCAGGAGGAAAAACCGAGUCCAUUUUAUAACUGGGUUGUGCCACUGGCAGCCAAAGUAACAACAGAGAACAAAGGAACGAGCACUGAUCACUGGUGCUAACCUACAAAGACAAAAAAAUCGCACUUCACAAGGGCUAUAAGGACAUCUUCUUCUCUGUCUCCUGAAUCCUCUCUCUUCCCCCACCCUCCCCUUCCUACCUCUUCUCUCUCUCUCUCAAAAUAUAUUUAUACCUAGCGAUAAUUUCACAUGUGACCUUUUGGGUAUGUCAUUUUGCUGUCCGUAUCGCAGGCCAGGGGAGUUACUCCCUAUAAUGCUCUGUACAGCGAGGCUCCGCCCAAAAGGGGUACCUUAUUCAACAACAACAACAACAACAUAAGCUUUAUUUGCAUGACUAUAAUUAUGUAGUUACAGUAUUGCAAAAGCUUCAACAUAAAAAAAAACAAAGCAAACAAACAAACAAAUCAUAACAAUGAUAAUGCAAUGCAAUAAUUACUAUAGUCAAUCAAGUGUCAUCAGCAUGAUUUGAUAACAAAUUAUUACGUAAAUCAUUACAUAAUGAGACAAAUUUCAACAAAUGUGAAUUUACGGAAAAAUUCUGUGAAUUCAUCAAUUUAAUUAUUAAUUCUGUGUAAGAUAGCUGACAAAAGUCGACAAAAUUUUGUUGGAUUUGAUUGUAGAAUUUCUCCCUUGGGAUUGAAUAUUUUGGACAAUGAAAGAGAAAAUGAAAUUCGUCUUCAAUUAUACCAGAGUUACAAAUAGGGCAGAAUCUAUCGUUGCGGGAAGUUUGAUUAUAUCUUCCAGUUUCAAUCAUGAGUUUUGUGGUUACUUAUACGAAUUUUCACUAAAUCUUUCCUAUUAGCAGAAUUUCUAAUUAUUUCUAAUUAUUCAGGCUUCAGGUAUAUGAAAGGGUAGGGACAUUUGUCAUUUCGGUCGUAAAAAGGCCCAAAAGGGUUAACAACUGUAUUUUAUGGCUGUUAACAAGUCUGCAAAAUGCUCUGGUAUUGUGGUUUAUUCAUAUUUUAAAGACAGAGAAAUUUAAGCAAUUAAAAGGGAUGGAAAGUUCUAAACUAGGUAAUGAGAAAGGGGUGCCAUUUUUCAAUAGAAGGUAUACGACAGGGGUACCUUUUCUCUCAAUAAUGGUAUAUAAAAGGGUAAGGGGUUGGACCAACCUCGUCCCCAAGGCUUUUCCCUUAAUAAACGGGUGGCCCAUUUUUUAAGGGAAAAGCCCUGGGGACGAGGUUGGGGUUGGACCUCAGGGCGCAGUUUCCCCGUAUAAAACGUUGUCGAUUAUCCCCCCUCCCCCCAUGGGAUCGGAGGUUUGACUAUACUUGGCCGAUAACUUCUGUAUUGUUAUAGUUUUUUACUUUUCCAACAUGAAAUUGUACUGACCUGAAUCUUUAGCAACUUUGAUUUUGGCCAUUAUUUUAUAACACAUGUUUUGCAUUUUUGUCGGCGUAGAAUGUGCCAAGGACUUUGAUCUGGUCUUUGUUAUUGAUGGCAGUGGUAGUAUCGAACAGGCAGGAGUUGGAAACUUCAAAAAGAUAAAGGACUUCAUCAAGGAUAUUGUUAAUGGUUUCAACAUUGGCUUCGACAAAACGCACGUUGGCGCACUCAUCUUUUCUUCGUCAGUAUACAUCAAAAAGGUGUUUGGCCUAGACGAUCACUAUACUAAGUCUGGCAUCAAUAGUGCAAUCGAUAAAGUAAUAUAUCCGUCUGGAGGUACGUAUACAGGAAAAGCUCUACGCACGGCAAGGGAAAAGAUAUACACCGAAAGCGGAGACAGAGAGGACAAACCUAACGUGGUUAUCGUUAUCACUGAUGGUAAAGCUAAUGAUGAUGUUGAAGGUCCUGCUAAUCAGCUUAGAAGCCUUCCUGCUGCCAUAUUUGCUAUCGGAGUUGGCACCAAUUUUGACCGAGCUGAGUUAGAGAAGAUGGCUGGUAGUUCAGCCAAUGUUUUCACUGCCGACUUCGACAAUUUGGGUCAAAUUAUAGAAAAUAUCAAACAAUCGGCUUGUAAAGGUCAGUUUCUCUUCGUUGUCCCUAAUCUAGCAAGCGACUGUUUUUGACUACUAACAACAACAGCUGCAAAAAUUAAACAAAGCAGACUUUUACCAUUUUUAUUGCAGCCUAAUUUCCAUGUGCUACAACCCCUCGUUAGCGACCACCUCCCUUGAGCGACAACCUAUCCAAACCAACAAAAUUUUGCGAAUCACAUGCCUUUUAUAUUGUUGAAAACUCUCGUACACUUGACAAAACACUUAACGAUUAGCGCUUAUUUUGCUGAAAUUUGCAUUUUAUCUGCUUCUACUAGACCCUGGAAUAAGUGUACUUACUUGAUUAAAUUUGACUCGAGGGUCUUUUACGUCUUAAGUAGGAGAACUCCGCUGGAGAUUCCCACGCAUUGGAGUGAACUGACAAUCUCGGUCCCAAACAAAACAACAAAGGUCAAAUUCCUACACGCUUUGAUCACUUGAUCAAUUUCAUUAGCAAUUUCAAUUUCAUUAGCUCUCUUAUUUUGAAAAGUCUUCUCUACCGUUUUCUACUUGUACAAAAACACGAGUGAGCUUACGCAACAAGACGACAGAAAGAUCAAAGAGGACAACAAAACGUUUUUGUGCGACAAACGUGAUAGGGUUAUUAUCUGCAUCUUUUGCCGUGGUUUUCACUUACUGUGUUCUUUAAUGGGUCAAUUCAAUAAAUUUGGCAAGUGUAAUUUACAAGUGUAGCUACUGUUUUCAGACUCUAAAAAGUGGAUACACUUGUAAAAGAUCUGGUUAAAGGAAAGUGAAGAUUUUGUCACACAAGGUUUGCUGUCUUCUUUCCUCUAAAGUCGACUAAUUCCCCCCAAGCACGCAACAGCUUGGAAAAUUUAGUUUCAUUCGCCUCACUGCCUGGCCUUAUAAACUUCAUACUUACCAUUUAUUUCAUAAACUAAUUUGAUUUCCUCUUUUGGUGUUAUUUUUUCGAUAGCCGACGACCAGCCUCCUCCACCACCACAAAGGGUAAUGUCAUACACUCACUCUGCAAAAUUCUAAAAACAUUUCAAUUUCAUUUGCUAAAAUGCUAAAAUACUAAAAAGAAGCAGUAUCCUUUGCUCACUUUUAAUUGUUAUGGAUUUGCAUUUCUGGUAGCGAGUAAGAAUGUUAGCCUAAACAGGUUGUAACAGAAGCGGUAAUUAGUACAAAUCUUGCAAAUUUCUUAGCAUCCUGAAUGUUGACUUAUCUUAUUUGCCCAAGUGUACAGAAAUUAUUUCUAUAGAUUUUAGAAUAUAAGAACCUGUUUCAAAAUUCAGGCUAAACAGGCUCUUGUAUAGAGCGGGUCUAACUGGCAAUUUUAUAGCCUAACAGGUUGUUAAAAACCUAGUUCGAUUCUUUCUCUCUGCAUUUUUAGUCGAAAUGCUUUUGAUUUCAUUUAUCGUGCCUUGAAGAAGCCAAGUUUUAAAAAAAAUAGAAAAUGAAAAUUGUAACUCCGCUUUCACACACUCGCCUCCACAGAUAGGGCUUCCCGGAGAUCCAGGACCCAAAGGACAAAAGGUAUGUUGUCACAGAUUUUUUAAAACGUACCUUUUUCUCUUUCGUAAAGAUCUCAACUCAGUAGCUUCAGUGGUAGAAAGCACACUGUAAAUCAGAAAGAUUUCUUUUAGCCCCCAAAAUGGGGCCGUUUCGGUGAUUAAAAUAAAGUCCUAUUUUUGAGUCUAAUUUGGCUCCCUUAAAUCAGAGCCAAUACAGUCCAAUUAGCAAGGGCUGAUUUGGUCCUAAGGGCUGAAAUGGGCCUAAGCGUGGGCUAGAGUAGCCUUUUGAUUGAGCAGUUUUGGCCUAAAUCGUGCUCCAGUGGCUCCAGGAAGGGCUGAAUCAGACAUUGGUCUGCAGGGCUAAAUUGACAAUUUGGGGCUGAAACCGAUCCUUUUAAUUUUCAGUGCAGGUUUUAGAUAUCAUGGUGUGAGAGGAAGUUCAAAAACCAGAAAGAACCUAUCCAAAACAAGUUCACGAUCCAUCGUUAAUUGUGAAAAUCCCCUUAAUCUAACUCGUUAACAUCAAAGACGGCCAAAGUUAAAGUAAGCCAAAAACUGUAAGUCCCCUUUUUCAAAUGAAAAACCGCCAGAUUACAGCUGGAGCGUUUUUAUUCUGUAAUAGUUACUCUGGUUUUUUUUCGUCAUUCUGGAAUUAGUUGACCUUUUAAGUCCACAGUGUAUAAUUAUCGUCUCCAUAAUGGACUCUGGGAUUAAAAGUUGUCGCCUUCUCCCUUAAUUUGGUUAAGUUAAGGAAAUCUUAGAGCUUCAUACCCGGCAUCAUAAAAAUCUAAGAUUUUGAAUCAAGGUUGGUGGGAGCUUGGACCUGAAGACGAAAUUUUCACGUUGUGGGAUUUUGUUAUGAUCAUGUCACAUGAUUUACCUUUGGAAGUACGUAACGUAACGUAACGUAAUACAUACCAUCCAAGUAAAGUUACCGGGGACGAGAUAGAGCUGGGAUGAGGAAAAUUAAGGGUAACUUAGAAUUACUCGCCAGAUUGCUCAAGGGUUGUGAUCUUCAGAAUGACUAUUCAAAAGUCAACUCGGCUGCAACAGUAUUGCACAAGCUAAUUUAGUUUAAUGUUUGAAAGAAAUUGAAGGCUUUUUCGUUAUCGAUAGAGUUUUCUUUAAAGACGGUUUUUUUAAGGCUGACUUAUCCUUGAUAAUUGUAGGGAGAGCCAGGUCCUGUUGGCUUAGAUGGACCAACUGGAGUCAGAGGACCGACGGUAAGAUAACGGUGGAUGCUUAGCUAGGAAAAAGAAGAACGGAAGUCAAAGAAGAAUGGAAGUCAUUCUUAUGCAAUAACAGAUCUCUUUCGAGAACGUCUAGUAGGACCUUGUAUUUGCGGAAGCCUUGAACGGUUGAAGAUUCACAUCCGGGACUUGCAUCCGGGGCAUUUUAAAUGAGAGAGCGAGCGCGCAAAAAGUAUUGUUGCUGUGUGUUACUGAGUGUUGGGGCGGCUACGAUUAAACUGUGUUAAUUCACAAGCCUCUGUGGCGGUUUUUCUCUACUAUAGUGUCUACUAACACUAGCCAUAGAAAAUAACUUUGUUUUUAACUGAGUCUUUGAUGAAAGCUGAUAAAAUCUAUACCUACACAUUCAUGGACAUUUUUUCAAGGAUUCACUGCUUUAUCCUGAAAUAAGGGUAAACGGUCAUUAACAAAAUUUCCCUAUUUAGGGCUCUAGAGGAGAUUUUGGUGAGAAAGGAGAACCAGGCGUAGCGGGCCCUCGUGGCUUACCUGGCCCUCCUGGUCCUCUUUUGGCAGUGCCCUCGGGGGGAGGAGAUGGUCCGGAUCCAGAUCCAAUACAGAACCUAAUCGGAGAGGUAAUAACACUGUAUCGUCUAUAAUGUAUCUGUGGUACUCUUUCAAAUUGCAACAGUGUAUCCAUUCAAUCAAAGGAUGCAUGUCUCAUUACACGGCUUGAACUGGGUUUCUUCUCAGCUGAGGUAAUAACACUGUAUCGUCUAUAAUGUAUCUGUGGUACUCUUUCAAAUUGCAACAGUGUAUCCAUUCAAUCAAAGGAUGCAUGUCUCAUUACACGGCUUGAACUGGGUUUCUUCUCAGCUGCCGAGGUUAGAGACAAAUCCUCCUCAUCCCGCAAAUCGUGACCCGAUCACAAAUAUCAUCGGCGAUGGUGCGAUCUUACAGAAAGCAUCUUGUGACCUUGUAAAUUUUCAUGAGUGCUGUUUUUCUUUUUGUUAAAAGGUUGACGUGAAACUAAUAGGUCGAAUGUUAUUAUCUCGAUGCUGUAUACCUGCGAGAAUUCAUUUUUGUCUUUUUUCGGAAACAUGGAAUAAUGGCUGUUAUCUGUUAUAUUUUAAUAUUGUUUUCUGCAUUUUCAGAUUCGUCCCCAGGAUUCUAAAGGACCCCUCGGGUUUAUUCGACAGAUAGCUGGACCUCCUGGUGAUACUGUAAGUAAUAAGACAACGUUGACUGUGACGACCUCGUUCCCAGUGUCCUCUCUUGCCCGUCCCCCGAGCGAGAGAGAGAGAGAGAGAGACCUGGGAUCAGGUGAUAUGGUUGUGCGCAUGCGUAUGGUGGUGGCCAUACCGUUGAGUUGGUACGUGUGCUUUAGUGCUGAUAAUUGGUUUUGUGAACGAGGAUGUGACUGUUACCCUUUUGGAUCUCGUUACUUUUUGAAUGGUCAAACAGACCUUCGUCUACCCAAACCAGGAGCCCAUAACCCGGAGCGAGCAAAAAUCCCAUACUAGGCCUACGUCACGGCGUUUCUACGGACCAGUUUAUUUUGAGACAUGAGGUAUCAAAAAGGAAAACUAAACGUUAUUAAAAGGAAAAAAGUUUUCGAAGUUUGUGUUAUGUAUGAACAGCAAAUAUAAUGUAGUUGGUGGUUUGUUCCUGUUUGACGUUUUGAAAUAUAAACAUAUUUUUAGGGCUCUCCUGGAAAAUCGGGCCCUCCUGGAAAUCGAGGAACAGAGGUAGGACUGUAAAUUUGUUAGGCUACUAACUAUGAUUAUAGCUCUUUCACUCCCAAAACUGGCCAAAGUCUCGCCUUGUGUAAAAUAAAACAAGACAGUCUUCGAUCCUGGAUUCCACGCCGUGGAUUCCGGAUAACAUGUACUGGAUUACGGAUUCCUUGUCAGUGGAACUGGGAUUGCGGAUUUCUAUCGUUAUUGGGAUUCCUCAUUCUUCGGGCUGAAUUACAGACUUCAUGAGCAAAACAUUCCCUUGUUUCGGAUUCCGGAAUUCUGAUUAUCGUACAUUGGCGAAAAGUCAAAAUCAGAUAAAAAUUCCAAAUUUAGUUUUAUAAAACGUUGUUGAAAAAAAAAUAGUAGAAUGUGAAAGUGCUGCCAAAGAGUCAUUUGAAGAUUCCAUUAUUUACUCCGUUUACUCUGAGUGAAAGGGUUAAAUAAGUGAACCAUAAUUAUCACCAGACUCACAGAUUAAUUUUACUUUCCACAGUUACUUUUUAUUGGCGCCGGAUGCAAAAUAUCAGCUUCCGAUGUUCGGGCGUCAGCAGGUUUAAAAGUUACUCGGCAGUCUCGACUUUUACCCUUCGCUUUUUCUCAACUUCCUUCCUUCUCGCUAUCUCGCUCCGUUAUUUUUCUUUAGCUGUGCAUUAACCAGGCUUUAUUUCCAUGGGAAAAAUGGGUUUGAAACAAGAUUUUCAUUGGAAUUUUCGCGUUUUUCUUCGGAUUCCUUGACUGAAGCCUGCUAAUUUUGGCAUGGUCUUCCUCCUUCAAAAGUUGGAUGAUACAGUUUGUCUUGGCUGUUAAAACUAAUGACGCCACAAUUAGUACAAGGGACGUGGAUCUCGGGCGGUUCAGGGGGCAAAUGGGUUAAUUGCAUGUCUUUUUGUAAAAACAAAAGUGUUUUAAUUCCUUUAUUGCAGGGCGUACGAGGUGAAGCAGGAGAGAUGGGAUCCAUUGGCCCUCCAGGAGAAGCAGUAAGUUGUUAAUAUCAAAACUCGUAAAAUGAAUAUUGACAAUUUUAUUGGGAAAACUUUACCUGUGACACAGAGAACAAAGGAGUUCCGCUUGUCGUGGGAACAUCCACAACUCUACUAAAAACCAAGGUCUCUUGUAAAAACCCUUUCGACUACGCUGUCAUUACUUUGCAUUUCUGUUACACAACAUAUAUACCGCAGACUUAAAGGUCUGAAGACACCAAGAUCGGCUUACUAUUACGCGACACUUCGUGCCUUGUUCGGAACGCUUUGCGAGUGAGUCGUCCUUCGAGCAACGUUCGUUCCCACCGAGCAUUGGAUAAUACUUUACCAGGUUUGUAACAGAAUCGCAUGACGGUUUGAUCGGUCAAGUUCAUAUUCGUUAAAAGCUGUAUCGAUUGUAAAAUUUAACUGCAGUCAGGGUCACAAUUAACUUCUCUUCACCCUGUACCUAUAAUUGUGACCUGUGACCACCAUCCAACCUCUCCACACUCAUCAGUUUUCAAAACAAAUCUAGUUUUCCAAAACAGCGUCAUGUAAAUGCCUGUAGUAAGAGGAAAAGGAAUCAUUUCAAAAUACUGUGUUAGCAAUAAGCCUCCAAUAAUUAUUAAAGAAGCUUUAAGAGAAAAGGUGGUAAUUUUGAACUCGGCACCGAAAGAAAUAAAAAAGGAUGUAAUGGGGAUCCGAUACACUGGUACACUCAACAAUCAAGAGGACUGCAUGUAUAUUUUAAAGACGUUUAUUACAAUCCAACGAUCAAAUAUAAUCACUUCCUACUAUCAAAUUCAUACCUGCCAACCUCCGGAGAUCUAAAAUCUGGAGACUCUCUAUUUUGCAACUACAGCCCCCCCCCCACCCCCGAAUGUCAACAGCACCAACACCCCCACUCCCCCCGCCCCGCGCCAACAAAUUGCCUUAGGACAUUAUAUGAUGUCUUACAUGACGUACAUGGGAUCAAAAUGCGCUUUCAUCAUUGUAAUGACGAACUAAUCUUUGUCAUUGACUAAACAUGUGCAAAAAUGUCCCAGAAACUGUACAAUGAAUUAAAAAAAGUUCGAAUUUUGUGAACAAAUUGACUAAAUUUCAAACUAAAGCACAGAAAUGCUCAAAAGUCCAUUUUAUCCGGGAGAUUUGGUGCUCUAACCGGGAGAUCGCGAGAUUUGAUGAAAAACUUGGAGACUCCCGGGAAAACCGGGAGAGUUAGCGGGUAUGCAAUCUGGAACUAACAAGGAACUAACUGCAUUCUAACUGCACUUAGAUUUUUUCAUCUGUCCUUAGUACACUAAGACAGUAUUUUUACUUAAAACCCCUGUACAGUAUAAAUUCCCGUUUGUAAUAUAAAAUGUGUCUCGCUUAAGUUACUAUUGCAAAAUUCCACGUUUCCACGUAAAUGUAUGCAGUUGUAUCAUCAUUUUAUACUGUAGAUUCACGAAAGGUUUUGCUUACAUUAUUAAUUGGGAAAAUCUAUUUAGUUCACGUUACAAGUAUCAAUUUCUAAUUUUAAUAUAUAAUCACAAAAGAAUCACAUUACUCUAGUCGGUUUUCUUUCCCGACAAAGUUAAAAAUGUAAACUGGGGAAAGAAAAACUUGACCAAAAAAUUGCUUCUCCUACGGGAAGCACCAACAGGAUGGGACGUGGAGAGGAAAGCGAUAAGAGCUGCCCAUAGUUAAGAACUCAGCAGGCAGUUUUUAAAAUAACAUAAUAAUUAAAACCAAGAUAUUUAUUUCAUCAUUGAAAUAGGGUGCUCAAGGUGCUACAGGCCCGCGAGGAGAAGCUGGACGAAAUGGAAACGACGUAAGUAAUAUUAGCAACAUACAGUCAACUCCCUCUAAGACGGACACCUUUGGGACUGGCAGUAAGGGUCCGUCUUAUAGAGAGUCAAAUAAAGGGAGUAACGAAAGGCAGGGACCAACUCUAGGUGUCCGUUUUAGGGAGGUGUCCGUCUUACAGAGGUGUCCGUUAAGAGAGAGUCGACUGUAUUCUAGUUUGCAAUUUCCGGCAGUUUAUACAUGUAUUAUUACUCUCUGCAAAGAGUUAACUGGAACAAACUUGAAUAAGACUAACCAAUUUGGUAAUACCAGUAAAACAUAUUUCUGGUCGGAUUUUUGAGAACGAACCUGACGAAAUAUCUAGCCAUUUGAGUGAAAUAGGACUAGAAUGCAGGGUAUUCUACUUCAGUGGCAAGUCCGAAAAUCACACUAGUAAACGAAAAGGAAAAAAGAGCAAAGAGAAAGAAAGGAGGGGAAGAGAGAAAAAUUAUAUAAUUGGAUGCGCUUUUGGUUUUUAUUCAUGCUUCUUUGGAAACUGCUUGACGGAACAGGCUAAGUGGCAGUAACGUUUUAAAAAAUCCAGACUUUACAAAGUAGAGUACGAAUGGAAAAAACACGAGUAAAUAGCUUCCCUUACAGGGAAGACUAGGAUAUGAAAUUAGUUUAUAAUCUGUGUUCCAUAUUUAAUGUCGUAGGGUUUGCCUGGUGCCACUGGAGAGCCUGGAGAUGCGGGACUUGAAGGAGAGGCGGUAUGUUUUUCCAAUCAUCCUAUUCUCUAGCCUAAGCCACAGACGAAACUAAACCUCUGGUUAAGUCCGUCUGCGAGCCAGCGCUGUAAUCCUGGUUCUGCUAAGCUGUGUACCAAGAAUUUGAGUACGCGCCAUGAUUGGCCAGUUAAAAAAUGCCAUUGUUCAUUUGCCAAUCAGGUUGAAGGGUCUCUUCGCCGCUUCGUAGACGUUACUAAUCAGGGUUAUAUUACGUCUGCGACGCAGGUUAACUUUUUGAAGAUUUCCUAAAAUUAAAGGCCUUUGUCCGCCAAAGUGAACUUCUUCUUUGGUUUUUGAAAGAGGUUAUAAUGCAACUGAGCCACUUCGAGAAUGCAAGGGCGUGUUCUCAUUAGUGCCCAGUGAGUACGGUACUCGAGCACCGUGCCCGGGACUCAAAGAGUGUGAAUGCUGCAUUAUUGUGCUGUUCAAAGAGCAUUCAAACAUUUCACACUUUUAAACAUAAGUGAGAGGAAUAUUGCAAUUUGAUUGAUUGUUACACCAUGAUAUUAGUCAACCGACACGAACACUAGUGAGGCAAGAAAAGAAAAAAUCGUCCUAGGUUAAAAAGGACCCAUACCUUUUGACAAGUUUGUUUGUAAGAACACCCACGUAGUAAGUGUGUAUACCGCUGAACGAUGUUACUAACAAAAACGUUUUUUACCUCUAGGGUCCACCCGGUGCUUCGGGCCUACGUGGUCUUCAAGGCGUCAAAGGAGAUCGGGUAAGACACAUUUUCUUUAAAUGGGCGAAUCUUUGUUUACGCUUGUUGCGUCAGUAGCAUGGGCCUUUCAUAAUCUAAUAAAGCUAUUAAAAUAACCCCUCUCAAUAUUGAAAGAGCAUAACAAUUUCAGUUAACCCAUAUUAGCUUAGGAGUAGCUUAGGAGAAUUUGUCUUUGAAAAACGCGAAACUUUACAAAGAUUAUAUGGCUCAUUAACGUUUAGCCACCUAGCAAUUUCGCAGUUUUUGAUUGCUGCAAAAACCUCGCUAUAAGGGGGUCGUAGGUCAACAUUCGAGGGUAACAGUGCACUGUUUCGGUCUGACGUCAUAGAUUUUGCAAAUGUUGCCAGCUCAGAGAUUUUGGCGCGAAACAGUUUCAUUUUUAGAUGUCACGUGACCUCGAAAUAACCAAUGAGAGCGUGCACUGUUGGGAAAAAAUUUCCAGCUAUAUAAAAACGUAUUUAUAGCCAUUGUAGGCAAAUUUAGUCUUUUAUUGUUGUCAUAUUUUAGGGUUCUCAAGGCGAAGCAGGCGAGCCAGGAGACAAAGGAGCCCAAGGCGCGAGGGUAUGUAAAAUUUUAUUUGCCAGUAGUUUCGAAAUCAAAGUGCAUCUGGGCGUUAGCCGGUGACUGGUAAUAGAGACACUGGGUAGAGUCAGGAGCUCAUAACCCGGAGUGAGCAACUCAUGGGAGUAUGCCUAUGACACGGCGUUUUCACUGAUGGGCUUUUUUCGCUCCAAAAUCGUUCUAAAAAUAAAUUGGUCAGUGAAGAGGUCGUGACACGAGUACAUGGAAGUUUCUUGCCACGGGUUAUGGUCUUAUGAUAGGGUGUCUAACCAGCAGCUUAGGCCUAGGCCAAACGUCGAACUUUUUAUGAGACGAACCAAAGUUAGUUAAGCUCAUGAAAAGUUUGACGUUUGGCUCAGUUACGUUCGUCUGAAUGAGCUUGUAUCGUCCAACACAUUCUAUCCGUCUGCUUCAGACAGAUCAAAUGUCUGAAGAUCCAAUGAACCGAUGAAUCCUUGUCCAGAGUGGAUUCGUCGGUUCGUUUGAUCUACCAUGAUCCGAGUGAUCUCAGAUCACUGAUCCUGAUCUCGAUCAUCUCAAAGGAACACACCCCAAGACGACCAGAAUCCAUUUCGUUUUCCUUUCAUGCUUAAAUUUGAAUAUCCCACCGAGGUUUAAAUAACAAAAGCCUUAACUUGCACAAGAAAGCAAAACUCCAAAGGAUUUUGGUAGUUGUAUUUGACAAUAUUUUUGAAAAUCCAACUUAACUCCAAGACACGGGAACCUUUACACUGCAGACCCUGUUUACAUCAGCACAUUUUUACCAGAAUGUACUCUAACUUACUGUAAGAAAGUUCUUCACUUGAACCCGUGGACGCACAGCCAUUUUGCAUCCUUCCCAUGAUAUCUUGAUCAUGGUGCCGUCUAAGUCUGGUCUAAUGUAAUUAACAUUUAUGAGGGGUACUAGAAAUGUGUUACGGUACACAGUCAACGCGGUACAACUGCCAACCGAUAGAAAUCGAGAUCAAAUUUUUUGAAUGCUUCUGUAAAAUUCUACCAGUAUUCUAUGGCAAGCCCUUUCUAGCGAUUUAAAUAUAGACUCUGAGUUGUGAGUUAAGGUGUUUUAUAAAGCUAGCUUACUUUGACUGCUGUGAAUUUGUCUGGUAGCAUAAUUACACAGUCUCAUCCCCUUUUGAACAGGUUAGGUUGAUUUUGUUAUCAAUACUCCUCUUGCAGGGUCUUUCAGGAGAGAAUGGAAGAGCUGGGGUGGAUGGUGAACAGGUAAGUCAUUCUCAGUAGCUAGCCGACCAACUUUGUUAAAACCAAGAAGUAAGACUGAGAAAUUGUACAGGGCAAAUUGGAAUCUGAUUUUGCAUAUUCUGCAUUCAUUAAGCAUACUUUAGAUGAUGGCCAGAAAAUCGCUUUUGUCAGUUUAGGCUUUUUUGGACAGCACAAAGGAUCAUGUUAGUAAGGGAAAUCCAUAUGUCCGUAUCAUAGAGGUGACCCAUGUAUUGAGAUAAAAAUUCUACGAAUCUUUCAAACUAACUCUAUGUAUCGUAGAAACGUGUCUUUCGAGAUAGACGUCUACUUAACAAUUAUUCCUCGAGCUCGAAUGGGCUCCGAGUCUAUAGCUAUUGACUCAGAGCCCAAAAGGGCGAGAGGAAUAAUUGCUUUAGUAAAAUCCAUCUAGUUGGUCAAAAAUAUCAAUUUCAAAACCACCGCUUUCGCUACUAGUGGGCUAUAACAUAUAUACCUAGUAGUAGCUCAACCAAUCAGAACGCAGCAUUGAUAAUAGACCACUAGUUGGAUUUUACUAGAGAGAGAUAUACCUUUACUUAUAAAUACAGCAUGGUGUUUAAAGUUAAGAAACUUAUGGGGUCGUGGAACUCUAUGGAGAUUUCUACAUGGAGAGGUACGGCACCUUUCUCCUUGGCGUAAAACCUACAUUAUUUUGUUUCUUGUUUUCUCACCUAUAGUUCCACGUAAUAGAUUCGCGCACGAAGAUGUUCUCCAUGAACUUAUUUCAUUGCGGCGAGGGCCUCGUGCUCUGCUCUGUUCUGUAAAAUGUCAGUAGACAUACCAUUAUUUAUACACCACGGUGUUUAAAAUUAAGAGGCUUAUGGGGUCGAGUAGCACAUGCAGAUAUUCUCUAUGUAAAAUGCCCGCCCUCGCCGCGCUCUGCUCGGUUUUAUAAAAUGUCCUAUGAAUACAAAAUACUCAAAUGACUACUUUUACUGGUUCAAACAGGGUUUACCUGGACAGAGAGGGAGACCCGGUGAGCCUGGCGAACCUGGAAACACAGUAAGCUAUGUUCCGUAUGAUAAUGUAUAUCUCAGAUCUUUUUAAAAUCCCUUCAUCCCAACACUGCUAUCCUUUUUACUUUGGGGGGCUUGUACAUAUAACGUACGAAAUAAAGUACUGACAGCAAAACAGAAAAGCUGAAACCACCACCACCACCCUUGCACGAAAGUUUAGGUAACAGCAGAGGGCUUCGACGUGCGGGUUUCUAAUAUAGCCUACGCCACAGACCAAACUAACUUAUCUUUUAUCCGGGGUUUAAGAUCACUCUUUAAAUUCCAUGAACUAAUUAUUAUAAGAGGCCAGAUCCGAGAGAUUUUGCUCGAUGCCAGACAGUUUCUCAAGUUGCAAUGGUUGUGGUAUCCGAUGAUAAUAUCCGAUAGCUGGCGUUCCUUCUAGCAAGUAGAGCCGAGUAAGCCUUGCUUCGGCUCGGUCAAGCCUGGACUCUACCGUAAACUGUGACGUCACCGAGAGAUUUCUUUACUUUCUCGCCCACCUUUUCCCAUACUUUGAACUGAAAACGGAGAAAGAGAGAACACCUAGGACUAGGCUAGGGCGGAGUGGUAUCAUCAACAGCGCAUCUAACCAGCCCUGAUAUCACCCUUUUAUCUCAUUAUACCAGUAAGGUUACGGAGUGCGGGUGACACCGAUCUAAGGUCAAACGCUCUUGCUCCAACGCUGUGAGUGCUUUUCGCAGGUUUCUUGUAACGUUCAACACAUGCGUGAUCAGAUUACGAGGUGUAGAAGGUCGAAACGCGCAUGAUCGCAUGUUGUCGCCCGCAAUUACUAUGCAUACCGGUACAUUUUUUCUGAAUUGCUUGUUGUUAAUUUGUUUGCAGGGACCAGAGGGGCCUGCUGGAUCGCAAGGAGCCGAGGGCCCAGCAGUGAGUUUGUAUUAUCAUAACGAUUUCUAAAAAAACGUAAAACGGUAAAAACGAACAAAUUAUCAAGGAAAAAUGUUUUUGAUCAUCAAAUUACAGCAUUUAAAGCGAUGUGGUGCGAAAAUUAUGGUCGAUCCUUUACAUCUCCCUUUAUUCCUUUAUAAUACUAAUACCAGUGGCAUAGGUUAGGGUGCGAAGAUAAUGAAAAACUUUCGCACAAAUAGAGUCUAGUUGCACGUUGACAUUUGGCUCUAAGGUUCUUAUGAAAGCAUUUCGUGCAUUAAACAGUCAAAUUUGUCCUUCCAUUUCUUAAGCACUUCGAAACAUUUCAGCAGGUCCUGAGGGAUCGUCUCAUGCACGUUCCUGUAAUGUUUGACAAUGGCGGAGGACUGUUGUCUAUGUCCUUUUACACGACUGUGUAAAUGUCCGCGUGUGUAACCUACAUAGCCUCCAUCACACAGGUCACAUUGGAAGUUAUAACUACACACUGUUCAGUUACGAUCGGUAGCUUUGCUUCUUUCGCAUUCAGUUCUUGUUCAAUUUUUCCGCUGGCAAACACAGGCUGCAUGGUGGUGUUAACUUUUAGCCUCAUAUCCUUGAGUUGUUGUUUCACAAUAUCUGAAUUGCUUUUCUAAAAAAAGAACCAAAAAGUGAUGAAUCGGUAAACAUUGAUGUUAAAAGAAUAACGAAAAAGUAGUAAUUUUUUUAACAAAUACUACCCAAAACCUAAGGAAUUAGUGAAUGACUAUAAACUACCUUUUUAAAAAUUUAUGCUAUCGUCGCCCUUUUUCUAUUUGUGUAUGUGUUCUUUUCGGUUUGUUUGUCGUAUAUUAAUAAUAACCUUUAUUUUAAGAGGGUGACACUUUUAAUUAGAAAUGGUAAACGUGACAACCAUCAAUCACUUGCUAAAAAAAGAAGCGUAAGAGUCGCACGAGGCGAUAGCCGAGUGCGACUCUAGCUUCUUGAGUGCUUAGCAAACCUCCCAAGUGCAUCCAUAACUCCAUGGUUGCACAGCUGCAACGUUUACCAUUUCUUUUAUAACAUAAUCAAAAGAGAAAAACAUUAUUUUCCAUUUGCCUUCGGUUGAGUCAUCGGUACGAGUUCAUGUAUGCUGCCAUCUGUCCGCGCGUAAACAAAUCAAGUUCUAUGUUUUUCAAAAACUUGCCUUUGAGUUUUUCUUUCGGCGAAUCAACCGUUCUCCAUCUUCAGGUAAACUGCGAAACGUUUUUUGUUGUUAUUCUGAAUGGCAUUUGUCUACUUGCUCUUAAUAUUAGGGUAAAAACUUUGAGGGAAAACUAUAACACCAGCUAAAAAGACUCUAAAAAAUAAGCUAUAAACUAAAUAAAUGAAAUAAUUAUCAAGCUUAUUUAUGUGACAAUUUUGAAAUAAACGUAAAGUAGAAAUGAGAAAAUUUGACUGUAAUUCCUUUAGAAUAACAGGUAACACUAAUUUUAAAAAGAAGUUAACUAGAUUUGCAUCGAAAUCUGUCUGGGAAAUCCAGCUAUAAAAAUCAAACUUGCAACUGAAAUUCGCCGACACACAGCCGGCGCUGAAGCUGUUGUUUUUCGACCGUUCUCAGAACGACUGUUAUGAAUGAACACUGAGGAACAAAAUAAUACACACAGAAGUUAUUUUUUGAAAAAUUUAUUUGAAAACCCAAAUGUUUCUGUACUCAAAUGAAAUUCGCUUAUUCCAGUGUAAUGUGCCCGUUUAAACUCAACUAAAAUUUUUAAUCGAUGCGAUGAAAACUUCACAACAAAGCUGUCUCGAAUUUGAGCGUGUUUCCUAGAAUAUUUGCUUGAAUUUAGCAUUAGCUUGACCAAAAAGUCAAUAACACAAUGGUAAUUGAUAAAUUUGCAUUUCAAACAGACUUUCUCUUCUAUAAAAAAACACACAAAAUGUACCUUAAGUCUUCGCUCGCUCGAUUAUCCUUCAGCCGAUUCUAGCCGCGAGGAAAACAGUGAUUAAUUCAUCCAAGGCAAAUUUGUCGCUUGAUCUUUUGUCUUUUUUCCUUCAAAACGACAGCUUAGUAUUUCCUUCAACUUCCACUUUUCAUCUGUGCAUUUCAUUGGAGUAUUUUACCGUCAGGAGAGGAGAUUUGUUGAAUUUGCCUAAAUUUUACCGCGCUAGCUCAGUUUCUUGGCGUGCAACCGCGGGCAAAUGGUAGCGGCUAACUGACCAAUCAGAGCGCGCGAUUUCCUUUUGUUAUGUUAUAAAAAGUAUUCUCCCUAGUGGCCCUCAAAUAUUGUGGCCCUCAAAUAUAUAUUGUUCGCGAUCUUUGUUCCUUUUGCGCUAGAUGCUUUUGCUUACUGUAUGUUCUGCUUAUCUGGUAAUUUCACAUCAGUUCUACGUUCUACUUGGUUCGGAUAGGUGUAACUUUUCAGCCGUUUUCUCAUCCACAUGAUUCCGAUUGGAGAUUUUUUACUUCUUGUUUCUCGUUUGCUUCGUUCGCUUUUGCAGCUUUUGUUUGUUCAGUUUUGUACGCUUUUUCGUAUUUUGACUUUUCAUUUGUUAUUUUGUUGUAUAAAGUACCGCUAAGCAACGUUUCGCUACGUAUACAAAACUUUCUUCCACAUUUGUAGAAAUAAAGUUGAUCGUUUGGGGACGCGCGUGAAGUCUGUGAUUUCAAUAACCGUUUCAGAUAAUGAAAUUGUUUCAGAAAAGUGCGCCACAAGGUCAAAUUAAUUAUGAAAUAUGGCAUGCAAGAGUGUUCAUGUCUCAUGAAUUUUAAUGAAUUAUAUUAGGGACUUCCGGGUGCAAGUGGGGUCUCUGGCGCCAGUGGAGCCAUUGGUGCCAAAGGAGAUCAAGGACCUCAAGGCCUUCAAGGUCGUAGAGGAAGGACUGGUCUCACAGGUCCCGCUGGCCCGCAAGGAGAAAAAGGAGAAGAUGGAUCACCCGGACCUCCUGGUGUUGACGGGCGGCAGGGAUACAAGGGCGAUGCCGUAAGUAUUUACCAGUCGUAAAAAGGUGGAGGACUAUAUCAUCAUAUCAUGAUUUGACCUGCUAAAUUUUUUACACUUGCAAGGAUGGUCUCAUAAGUAUUUGAUAGUCGGGCUGAUGAGUGCGGCGCUUUUAUGACGCCUCAUAGAAUCUAAAUAGGGACUUAAAGAUCCAACGACGCGACGGCGACAAGAACGUAGCUUAAAAAGUGAAUUUGCGUUCUUUCAGUCUUCAUAGCGAUUAUUCCUACCCACUUACUUUGUCAAUUGUAGGCGAACCCUCCUGAAGCUGAAUUUCAAGGGACCAAAUUCAAGCUCAGAAAGAGAAAUAAAAUUUCGUCGUUGGUUGUUUACGUCCUCCAUAAAACGCGAAAUUAGGCAUUUUCACGUCGUAAGUCGUGCAAAAACGGGAAAGAAAUGUACAAAAAAGUGUGAUGCACAUGCGAAGUUGUUGUUUUGCUAAUUAAACCAAUUGUUUUUUUGACGUUCUCGCUGUCGUCCGCGUCGUUGGAUCUUAAAGUCCCUACUAUGAUAACCACUCAAGCGUGACUAGGUGACAAGAGUAGUUUUUCUCAUACAAUUUUUUUUUUAAUUUUCGACAGCCGAUAAAGUCGCUUCUUUCAGUUCCUGCUAACAAAAUUUUCCAAAAGCGAACUAUUUUCGUGUUUACAGAAAGUUGAUUACGUGACCGACUAUUACAUAAGGCCUAUUCGGUCACCUUUUCAAGUAACUAGGUCAACUUGACUAAAUGCUUCAAUGAGGUCUUACCUAAAACAGUAUGGGUUCAGAGCAUGUGCUUAGACCCUCAGAAAUACACUCCAUCUAUAAAAUAAUUUACCAUUUUAUUCGUUCCAUCUCAAGACCACAAUUUUUUGUAGGACCUGUACUGGCGACCACAUUCAAUUGACCUCACAAUCUCAAAACAGAAUCAGAAACUCACCUCAUGGAGAUGAACGUGAUCGUGAUCACAUGAUCGCUGGAGAUAGUUCCAACUAGAACUGCCAAUCUGAAACCAAAUUUAGCCCUGCCAUUAUUUGUCUCCCUGCUUCUCCAUUUCCCAUUGGAGUCCCACGUUUCACGGAGGUGCAUGGUCAAUGGAUGAUGUAUCUUCUUUAUCUGUUUUUUUUUUCUUUUUUUCAUGUGCGAUGUUGAAUUUCAGUGCCAAUCCUUUUUAUCCUUUCUCCUUUAUAGGGCUCUACAGGACCAAUGGGCCCUCCUGGUGAUGCUGGACAAACAGGAGCAGACGUUAGUAAUCACGUCUUGAUAUUUCACUCCAGGCUAGACGUAGAAUGAUUAUUGCACUGUCUAGUGUAUUCGAGCAGACUGUUAUGGCGAGCCACGACAUGAAUAGAUUUUUGAGGGAGGCAUUAACCUUUCCAGCACCCCUUGUUUGUCAACAACAGGUGGCCAACUAAUUAGUCCUCUGUUGAGUCCAAGUACAUGUACAAUGUCAUUAACGUCUAUUUGGCAGAUGGAGUUUUCUUUCAGUUAACGCACACGGAGCUCCUCAAUCAUAAAUACCGUCGAACCCCUCUUUACAGACACCUGCUCAAUACGAACACCCUGUUAAUGCGGACACUUCCAUUGACCCCUUCAGUGCUCUUAUUAACGGGGUUUGACUAUAAGAUCUUUCCGGGGUAGAAUUUCUGUUUCGUUAUAAUAUCCUAUCGUCUUCUUGUUGGUUCACUUAGUUUGCAGAGGUUUGGCUGGGAUCCCAAUCGAAGCGUGCGUUGAAAUCAUUGACUACAAAUCUGGUCACUUCUGCCAUCUAGACCCCAUUUGGAGAAAAUCUGCCCCGGGUAGAUGGGUCACCCCCAUAGCCAAGUCAACUUUAGCGAGCGCCGAUAUGAGAAAAAAGGUUGACGCCUUUGCCCGAGCUAAUAGUGCUUGUGCUUGCUCUGAUUGUCUCGCCUGGACCAAGUCAUUCUAAGUGGACCCGCCUGGGUGACCCAAAGUUGGCCCGGCUAGGAGAGUGACAAUGCCAUCACAAAAGGGUAAACAGGCUAGGCGCGCCACACUUCUAGCCGAGUCAACUUUUUGUUUCUCGUGUAAACGGUUCGCCAUGUUUUGUAAGUAAAGGUAACAAAAGUUGGCUCGUCCAGGGUAGGCGAGUGACCAUUUUACCCAGGGCAACGUUUCUCUAUAUAAAUGGCUAUGUUUCCGGGACGAGAUUGUGGUAGUAGAUGGCUGAGCAUCUUUUGAUCAAUUUAAUGCUCAUUUAAUUUUUUUGCAGGGAAAUCCUGGUCAGCCGGGAGAUCCUGGAAGAAGAGGAGACCAGGUAACUUUCACUUUUGCUUAUAAAAAUGCUAGUUUCCUAUGCAGCCAGCUGCGUCUCAUCAUCAAAAUUUGUUUUUACCACAGGGCGCCCCAGGAAAACCAGGAGAAAGGGGAGCAACUGGGGAGAAAGGAUCAGCUGUAAGCCAUAUUUCAAGUUUUAGGCUAUGCUUACACUAUACUGGGUUGCUUUUGCGCCAGCACGAAAACCGUACCAGAUAGGGCUUCUGUUCACACGUCGGCGCCAUUUCUGUAUGUAAAGGCCCGGAGGGAAGCUGCGCCGCGCUGAUCUCUGGUGCGUCACUUAUCAGAUGGGUUCUGUGCCACACUUUGGUGCAGUAUAAACUUGCAGUGUUCGGACCGUAGAGGAAGUGAUUAAGUAGGAGCGGGGACUGGAACCAACUUAGACGGAAGUUUAUAUUCAGGAAUGAAGACUGGAAUUACGUGCACCAAACCCUCUCCGCCAACCAUUCCGGCGCAUGUUCAAUGUGUGUGAACGACUCGCUCCGGUCCCGAGUCAAUGCUGUCAUACUUAGCCAGAUAGCUUUUCGUGUCGGCCCAAAAAGCUAUUCGGUAUUGUGUGAACAUAGCCUUAAUGAGAGCCACAUUUCCAAUGACUGGCAAAAGACUAAUCCAAUUUUCUUCUAUCUUUUCCAGGGAAGCCGUGGAAACAUUGGGGCUCCUGGUGGCCGCGGGGUCAGCGGAAGAAGGGUAUACUAUUGUUUAAGCUGUGUUCUAAAAUAUUGUUCCAUUGUUUUUCCUUUUUCUAACAAUAAAUUUGCCAACAUUUGAUAUAUGGUAGCAUUUUGUGACAGCUUUUUUAGACUUGACCGUGUGUGGACACCGUUCAAUCGUUCCCAUCAUUUUGGAGUUAUACCUGACCAUUACCAUUCUGAUUGAUUUGUGUAACCACUUGUGGACGGCCAGGAAUCUCCUAUCGCAAACAACAGCGCAGUUAUUUUCAUCUUUAAUGUUUGCCGGCUUCUGCUGCAGUCUCCCCUACUCACUAGGGUGGCAAUCUAAGGUGUCAUCCUAAAGAAUGGCAACAAAGCAAUGCCCAAAUACACUUCAUAACUUUGAGAAGUGAUGAGACUGCUAUCCAUGCUUAGCCGUCGUUUCAAACAAAUUUAAGCAGAAAUGCGAGUUGUUAUCACGUUUGGAACAACUGACGACUUUGAUUUUUUUUUUAGGGUAAGCCAGGCAGGAGAGGUCAACGAGGGGCCAUAGGGGAACCUGGACCACCGGGUCCCCAAGGAGAUCAUGGAUACAGCGGUGCAGAGGGAAAACCUGGUGAAGCUGUAAGUAACCCAAAUUAGUAUUAUUCGCUGUAGCGAGUUUAUUGGCACUAGUUAACGGUUCAUUCACCAAAAGCAGCCUCGAAGAUUUUUGGAUUUCUGACUUAGAGAUAAAGAAUGUGAGGUCUUAAAAAUUCUACCAGAUAGACCAAUACCUGCAAUUUCUAUAUAUUAAAUUCCAUACAUGGCUCUGGGGCUCUGGGAAAAAAAAACAAAAGAAAUGUAUUUUUUAUUGCUGAGCCUGAAGGUGAUUUCUUUUGUUUUAUUUCCCUAAGCCUCGGUGCCACGUCUGAAUUUUAAUAUAUCGAAAUUACUUAUUGGUGCGAAAUUUUUUAAGCGCCUUAUGAUUCUCUAUAUCCAAGAUCAGUAGCAUUGGAAUUGGGAAUUUUACAACAGGUCAACUUCGCUUGACUCGGAAAAUGGCGUUACGUUUUUAAAGAAGGAAAUCAGUUAUUUAAAAAUGUAUGGGAACAAUUUUUCAUCACUUCUAACCCCUUAAAGGCACAACGCACACAGUAAUGGGAAAAAUGUCACAUUUAUCUCUUUCUCUAAGUCUAUUAGCCUGCCCCACAGACGAAACGAAACUCUGGUUACGUCCGUCUGCGAAACAGUGCCGAAAUCCUUGUUGUGGGCCCCCACUUGUGUACCAGGAUUUGAGUAUGCGCCAUGAUUGGCCUGUUCAAAAAGCCAUCGUCGAUUUGCCAGUCAGAUUAAAAGGAAAUUCGAAACGCCCUUCCGGUAUUUCGUUCAGUCCGUUGGAGGCCUAAAGUAGAACAGGGAUCUCGGCACUGCUUCGCAGACGUUACUUACCGAGGUUAAAUUACGUCUGCCACGCAGGCUACAACUCGAUGUGCUUCCCUUAUUAUUUCUUCUCUUUAAGCUGAUGUGAGUUUUUAUCAUUUGUAGGGUCAACAAGGCAAAAGGGGUACCGAUGGUAUAGCUGGAGAAAAAGGAGAUGAUGUCAGUAUAAAUCAUGCAUCUUAACAGCUAUGUUAAUUUAAUUAUUUUGGUAGAAACCAACAAGCGAAUUCUGCAAGCUGACUGGUUAUAACAUUUUCACCCUCUGUUGCGUGACAGUAUUAAGUAGCGAGCAGGCGUUUUGAACAAGAACCAAGCAAUAGCAUCCUCUUCAAUCAAUCAUUUUUACGAAGUUUCUGAGGAAAAGAUAAACUAAUCAAUCAGUGAUGCUUUAAAAAAAUCUAAAGCAGCCAUUAAAUACGGCAUGUUAGAAGUGCAAAUUAAGUUGUAUUUUGUCUUCGACGAAAGAACGACGUUUUUGUGAAUUCAAGUCGUGUGGACGUGUACCCAAGGGUAUGCUACGUUUGUGUUAUAGAUAGUGAAAAUUGGCUACAACUAAAAUAAGUCCAAUUGUUCUUUUCUUAAUAAGUGGCCAUCUAUUAAUUUCUAGAAACUCUACCUCGAUCUCGCAACCUGUUCGUCAAAAAGACUACAUGUGCUAACGAUUGCCCUUACUAGAAUAUGGAAACACAUUCUCGAUCGGUCGUCUAGAAUUCACUAACCAAAUGUGGAGUGAAGGAUUUGAGUUCGAUCAACCGUUCGUCAAGCGACCACGCCUCCCCUACCCAUCCAUUCAUUCAUAUUUAUAAGAAACGGCAUUUACAGCAGUUAAAAAGGAUGCAAAGUUCUAAACUAGGUAUGUAAAGGGGGUACUAUUCGUCAAAGAAAGGUAUACUAAAGUAGCACCCAGCUUUUCCGUCAAAAUUGAUGUACAAGAUGUUAAAGGGUUGGACCUGGGGGCGGAGUCUCCCCGUUUGAAACUUUGUUGAAUACCCACCCCCAACCCCCUGGUCAAACAACAAACUACGGUCAAUGACAUUUCAACUUGAUGAACAGAGGGUGGAAUUUUGUUUCUUCAGGGAAGCCCAGGAGAAAUAGGUGAGCAAGGCAGACCCGGCAUUCGGGUAAGUCAAAACAAUAAUUAAACUGUUUUAUUAAUCAUUCGACGAAUUGCAAAGCUCAAAACAUCCUGACCUCUACCUAGAACAAGCGUACGUUUUAGGAAAUGAACAGAUUCUCUUUCAUCAAAAAGAAGUAUGCAUCCUUUGAGUGGCUUUUUUGUGUAUCCUAGCUUGUCUAAAAUGAUUAGCGAUUAGUCAAACUUAUCGCAAUGGCCGUUUUCGCACUACUAGAGAAAGAUGAUCGGCCGUUUUUAUGCUAGAGACGUUAAAGUCGUCUAGACGCAUUUAUAACGUCUGAGACGUUAAAGUCGUCUGUUAAGUGCGUCGUUCGGACGCACGUAACAGAAGACGUUAAAGUCGUCAGUCGUUAAAGUCGUCUGCCUUAUUUACCGUUUUUAUACUAGACGUUAAACGUUUAACGUCUUAGAUGACUUUAACGUCUCUAGCAUAAAAACGGCCAUCCUUGUUCAAAAUCCGUCAAAAUUAACGGAUAAAGAGAGGAUCAUUCGUCCAAAAUUAAAACCGUUUCUUUUUCACGUUAAGACGGAUUAUCCGUCUGACGCGAAUUAUCCAACAGAUAAUCCGUCCCUAGUGUGAAAACGGCCAUUAAGUGGCAUUACUUACAAUCAUUAUUCUUGUUCAUUUAUAUAUUUAUUUAUCUCUUUAUUUAUUUUUUGCUGUAAAUAUUAUAGGGAGAUCGAGGGUCACCUGGUAGUGCUGGAAAAACAGGAAAUCCUGGAGCACAGGUAACUAAUAACAAUAACGGUAUGAGAAAAAUUAAACACAGCUGAACCCUACUUCAAAUGAAGUGAAACUCAAUUGAGGUCAGAAAAACGGUUCUUUAUAAGUUGUGGGUGAAGGCGGAGGCGUGGGGGAUGUCCAACUUGUCUGAAAUAAGUCACGUAAGAAUGUUUUUAAAUUUACAAAGCGAUUUAGAAGGGAUGUUCAUGUUACAUGUAGAAAAACAACUUGUUAACUUUUUUCCUAGGCUCGCAUUUUUUAAUGAGUUUAGUAACAUCCUUAGCCAACUGGCAAGCUCUCUGGGGCGCUCUGGCGGCGGGGCGAUCAGAGCGCUCCAGGGAGCUUGCUAGCACGCUACAACAGACUUAGCGGGUGUUUCACAGCAAAUAGGAAGAUUAGCAAAGCGAACGGGGCGAUCUUGAUACUGACAACAGUGCGCAAAUCAAAAACAGAAUUGACCAAUGGCGGAACAGGAAAUUGAGCAACAGAAGUAGGGUUCAGUCAUUUCCUCUCAUUUGACUUUGCGUGCUAAAUCUCUGGUAAUGAUAAAUAUUAUCACAGCAAUAAAGAUUUUCUAUCGUUCACCAAGCUCAAGUGUCUUCAAGUGGUCGUAGGGUGGGGUUCACUGAAUUGGUUUUCUUUUUUUUUUUUUGAUAGGCGAUAGAAUAACUUUGAUGCAUGACUUACCUCGAUUUUAAUGCUCGCUCUUUAGAAUUUUAUUUUACAUUAUUUUAAAGAAACAAUCAGCUUGUAAGGCCCAGACAUGUGUAAAGUAAAGGAUGCGCCGAAGAAAAGUGCUACUUUCCAACUACCCUUGAAACCCGUGACCUGAUCCAAUUUAGCAGCCCUCUUCUAAUUUCUUAGGCGCUUUUAUAAUUCCUUAAGGCUCGGAAAAAUCGGGUUAUUUUGCAAAAUUAAUCCAAUACUUUUUUAUCAUUCAACUAGUAUGGGUGUUUUAUUUUGAAAACACGGAGGGGAAGAUCCGCUGGCAGUGCAAACUGCGCAUGACCAGACCAUUAUCUGUACGCAGUUAUUUGAAAGUGAUGUAAUGAUCUCUAGACCAAUCAAAGACACGGAUCUCUAAGUUUAAAAAAAAAAUUAAGUGCAUAUUUUCAUUCAUUUAAAUUUGUAUUUAUCUUUUAGGGUUACACCGGUGAUGAUGGUCGGCCAGGCAAUGCCGGUCCCGCUGUAAGGAAGAUUUUUUUUUUUACUAUUGUUUUCCCCUCACACUCUUAUAUUAAUCCGAGUAUUUUAUCCAUUUCUCGUUAAUCACAACUUUCCUUAAACCCGGCCACACCCCAUUAUUUUACCAAAGUAAUUGAACUCAGUUAAAACUCUACUGACGGCCACCUCUCCGCAAGCGAGCGAAACGCGAGCGCGCGUGAAAAUCAACCCUCGCGAGAAAGGCAAUACGCGGCAGGGAGAGAGAGAUUUUUCGCCUUCCUCGCGUGGGGUAAUUCGCUCGCUCUACUAUUCUUGAGGAAAAAUGGGGACUACACGUAGUCUAAUUCAAUUGCAGAAGAGACUUCAAAUUCAUUAUUUUCCAUACCCUCAGAUUUUCGUAUCUACUUCAGCACAAUUGACAUAUUUAUUUUUUAUAUAAUCCUAGGGACCUCCAGGCAUGCCGGGUGCCACGGGAUUUAGCGGACCUAAAGGAUGGGAAGUAAGAAAACCAAAUAAGUUUCUUUCAAUUACAAUAGACCUCGUUAGGUGAUAUGAUAUUCUUCUCCUUUGUAGGGCUUUUAAUUCAACUUUUCCUACCUAAAUUCUUUUUAUUUUUGCGAAAUGGAUGUACAGUUACUCAAGUAGAGAAACGUUUCCCUUAAGAAGUUCAUAUGAUAUACACUGAGGAAACAAAAUGCUCGUAGCAGGUUCCUUGCUGACAUUUCUUUUAUAUAAAAACUGCAUUUGAUUCUAUAAUAUUUCCGUAGAAUAUUGUUUUUAUAACUUUGUCAGAUUAGACUUAUCGGUAAAGAAACGAGUCAUAAAAACAAUGUAUUUCCUUCUGUGAUGCACAUCGAUGGGAAGGUGCAUAUGAGAUUAUCGCUCGGCGCAAAUUUCUAGCUUUUAGUUGCCUCAUUUCGCUCUUUUUACCGUUCUUCACAAGCAAAUACAUCGUUGAUACUUGAAAAUUAACAACGUUUGCUUUACUGCAUCAAACUACAAACUAGGAAAAGAGAAUUUACGCGAAAAAACUUCGACACGAAGUUCAAAAUUUUUGUGACCGACUGAACUGUACAAUCUAAAGUCACGUGCUACCGAGAGCGAAAAAAUAUACAGUUACACUAGUUAUGGAAUUGCUUGGGAACAUGUUACUUUUUUGCCUGCUUUUGAAAUCAAAAUCGUGACAAGUGGGUGAAUUAAGAGGACACUACACAAAACGUUUACACUCAUCGAAGCCAAAUAGAUAAAUAUAACUAGAAAUAAUAAUUAAUUACGGAUCCGCGUUCGUCACUUACGGAAUCGAAAUCGAGUCGAAAGGAGUCCAGUUUCCCGGCCGAGAUGCCCCUGAUAAAAUCAGUGGGGGCGUCUAAUGGGCAGUCGCCCACGAUACCUUGAAAAUUUGUGGCUUUGUACCACAGGAACACCAAGAUUAGGAUGCGUUGUGACGAACGCGAAGAGAAAUACAAAGUUAAGGAUAAGUUUCUAAGAUAAACU